GUGGAAACCAACCAAAGAGAGGAAGAAAGCAAAAGGAGCAAGACAUGGUGGCCAUCAACAACGAGAAGCUCAGCUCUCUUACCAUCUUAUGCCUUUUCAUUGCUCUGAACUCCGACUUAUUCUUCUUGCAGUCUGUAGUAGCACCGCGUGGUUCCAUCCCUGAUUAUAAUCCGCGUGGUUUCAUCCCUGAUUAUAAUCACCCCACACGGCCUACCAGCGGCAGCGAUCGUCCUGCUGCUAAGAACACAACAAGCAAAGAUGAUGAUGGUAACAGCUCAACACCAACUCCUCCUAGUCCUCUGCCUCCAUCUCCACCUCCUCUUCCACCAUCUGCACUAGCACCUCCUCCUCCUCCAUCUCCCCCUCCUCCCGCUCCCCCAUCUCACAAUGAUAAAAGUAAAAGUGGAGUAGCUGGAAGCCACCCCCGCCAAUCGGGUUCUCAUGCUGGAAGCAGUACACCCUCUACCCCGACUGGAACCUGAUCUCCCUACCAGCCACCGCAGCCUUCAGAUGCCAUGUUACAGGCGUAAUUUGAAACCAUUGCUAAUGCUGGAUGUGUAGAACAGAUGUAUGAACGAUAUUUUUCAUUGACUAGAUCGAAAUUUGCGUUUCUUUGCAUCAAGUCAUUAGAGCUGAUAAUUAAUUGGUGCAAUAUGCCAUGUGCUUCCAUAGUAAGAAAGAAUAAACAAUAUUGAUAGUUCCAAGAUUAGAGAUAUUAUCUGUUUCGAGUCUUCAUUAA